AUGUUUGGAGGUCCUGUUGUUCCUGCUAACAGUCCUCACUUGCGCAAGUCUGGGAGUAGAGCUGUUGUCUAUGAUUUUGAUGAAUACGAAGGGGAGGAUGGGGCUGAUGAAAGUUUAUUGCAUUCUGGUGAGGUAAAUGAUACGAGGGGUGGUACAACACCGAUGAGUGCUACUGCAAUGAUGCCCUCUCCUAUUUUGUUGUGGAGAUUCAAGGUACUAUUAUUCCUUAUUUGGGGCUGCAUUUGUUGCAAGAUUGGAUGGGAUUCUGUAAUGAGAAUGAGUGCAGACAAGCGGGAUUUAUUCAUAUAUGAAGCAUUUUUGUAUUUUAAUCCUCUUCUUCUCGCGACUUUGAUGGUUUGGCUUUGGGGAAUCAACUUAUGGUUUUUUGCUCAGGGUGGAGUUAGUUAUUCAAAAAUAUUUGAUCUUGAUCAAAAUCAUCUGACACAUGCAGAAAUAUGGAAGUGUGCCAUGUGGAUGACAGUUAUUGUUCCAACCAGUAUGACAGCAUAUAUUUAUCUUUAUUCUCGUGGAGAAGUCGCAUAUGCUGCAUCACAACCAGUGCUCUUGUAUGCUGCUAUUGUAAUGGUUUUGAUAUUCCCCUUCGAUAUCUUCUAUUUUUCAUCUAGAUAUUUCUUCUUAAGGACACUCUGGCGAAUAAUUUUCCCACUACAGGCAAUAUCAUUUGCUGAUUUUUUCUUGGCUGAUAUCUUAACUUCCAUGGUAAAGGUCUUUUCUGAUUUGGAGCGUUCAGUAUGUAGAAUGGUCCACCGACAGGUUGCAACAGUUGCUUGGUUGGAAGCUGAUUCUAUUUGUGGCAGUCAUUCUGUUGCAAUUCCUUUAGUUCUUGUUUUGCCUUACCUUUUUCGCUUAAACCAAUGUCUCCGGCAGUACAAAGAUACUGGGGAAAAAUCUGCUCUUCUGAAUGGUAAGAGCUCUUGGUUGUGCUAUAAUUAA